GAAAAAAGCUUUGAAAAUCGAGAGGAUUCAAUGUCACUGAAUAGCUUCAAAGAGACUCUGAGGCCUUGCAACAGUUUCCCCUCCAUCUCUUUUUACAGACAAUCUUCAAUUACCCAAGAAUCUGAUCCAAUAACAACAUUUCCAAGGAAACCUCCCAAGUCCUCUCUCUCUCAGCAACUCCAACGCCUCGAAGACCCUUCCCCUUUCCAGUCAAAUCAAACCCCACAAACCCAACCAAAUGAUGAAAAAGUAGCGUUCAAUGGGGGAAAGGAAGAUGAUAUUGGUGAUGAUGAAGAGGAAGAAGAAGAGGAAGAGAAAGAAGGCUUCACCCAUCGUUGCCAACGCCGUAGGGAUGAAUCUGUGUCUGCACUCUUUCAAUUUGGUGCGACAGGACCCUUUGAACCUAUGCUCGUCUCUUCUCCAGGCGAAAAUCCAAUAGUUCGGGUUCCUGCUUCUAUCAAUUGUAGGCUUCUUGAACAUCAAAGAGAGGGAGUGAGGUUCUUAUACAGUUUAUACAAGAACAACCAUGGGGGUAUCCUUGGAGAUGACAUGGGGCUAGGGAAGACCAUCCAAACUAUUGCUUUCCUGGCUGCUGUGGUUGGAAAUGAUGAGGAAGAGGAUGACUCUAAUUUACAGAAGGGGGACCAGUUGGUAAAGAAAGGGCCUGUGUUGAUCGUUUGCCCUACUUCUGUUAUUCACAAUUGGGAAGAUGAAUUUUCUAAAUGGGGUUCCUUUAGUGUUGCUGUUUAUCAUGGACCAAAUCGUGAUCUUACUUUGGAGAAACUUGAAACACAUGUGGUUCAGAUACUUAUUACCAGUUUUGAUUCAUUUAGAAUUCAUGGUACAAUCCUAUCUGAGGUUCAAUGGGAUAUUGUGGUGGUUGAUGAGGCACACAGAUUGAAAAAUGAAAAAUCAAAACUUUAUAUUGCAUGCUUAGAAAUUAAAACCAGGAAACGCUUUGGUCUUACUGGUACAGUAAUGCAGAAUAAAAUUAUGGAGCUGUUUAAUCUUUUUGAUUGGGUUGCACCCGGUUCCCUAGGGACACGGGAACAUUUUCGAGAGUUCUACGAUGAACCACUCAAGCAUGGUCAGAGGUCUAAUGCUCCCGAACGAUUUGUUCAAGUAGCAGAUGAGCGUAAGCAGCACCUAGUGGAAGUUUUGCAUACAUAUCUAUUGAGAAGGACCAAGGAGGAGACUAUUGGACAUCUAAUGAGGGGUAAAGAAGAUAAUGUUGUGUUUUGUGCAAUGAGUGAGUUGCAGAAGCGUGUAUACAGUGGGAUGUUACAAUCGCCAGAUAUCCAAUGUCUGAUAAAUAAAGACCUACCUUGUAGCUGUGGAAGUCCUCUAACUCAGGUGGAGUGCUGCAACAGGAUUGUGCCAAAUGGAAUAAUAUGGCGUUAUCUUCAUAGGGACAACCCUGAAGGAUGUGAUUCAUGUCCCUUCUGCCUUGUACUUCCUUGCCUUGUAAAGCUUCAGCAGAUAAGCAAUCAUCUGGAGCUGAUUAAGCCUAAUCCCAGGGAUGAUAUAGAGAAACAGAGGAAAGAUGCGGAGUUUGCCUCUGCUGUCUUUGGUGCUGAUAUUGACUUGGUUGGGGGAAAUACUCAGAAUGAGAGCUUCAUGGGCCUUAGUGAUGUUGAACACUGUGGAAAAAUGCGAGCUUUGGAACGGUUUAUGUCAUCAUGGGUUGUACAGGGUGAUAAAAUUCUUCUGUUCAGCUAUUCUGUCAGGAUGUUGGACAUACUGGAAAAGUUUCUCAUACGCAAAGGUUAUUGCUUCUCCAGACUCGACGGUUCAACUCCAUCCAGCUUACGGCAGUCACUUGUUGAUGACUUCAACUCAAGUCCAAGCAAACAGGUGUUCCUCAUAUCAACUCGAGCUGGAGGGUUGGGCCUGAAUCUUGUCAGUGCAAAUCGUGUUGUAAUAUUUGAUCCAAAUUGGAACCCAGCACAGGACUUACAGGCACAAGACAGGUCAUUUCGUUAUGGGCAAAAACGACAUGUAGUGGUUUUUCGCCUUCUUGCAGCUGGCUCACUUGAGGAACUUGUGUAUUCCCGUCAGGUAUACAAACAGCAGCUAUCAAACAUUGCUGUUUCAGGAAAAAUGGAAAAACGGUAUUUUGAAGGUGUACAGGAUUGCAAAGAAUUUCAGGGUGAGCUUUUUGGAAUUAGCAAUCUGUUCCGUGAUCUGUCUGAUAAGCAUUUUACCAGUGAGAUCAUUGAAUCACAUGAGAAGUGGGGACAAGAACAUGGGCAUCAAAAUAGAAAGGCAGGUCCAUCUGAACUUGGGAAAAAUCUUGUUUCUUCAAAGGAAGAAAGUGAAACAUUUUUGUCGGGCCCAAAAUCCCGAGAAUCUGAUGAGUUGGACACAGCUAUAACUGAUAAACCAAUGCUUGAAGAUUUAGGAAUUGUCUAUGCUCAUCGUAAUGAAGACAUUGUCAACUUCGGGCCCGGGCUCCACAGCAGGAAAGAUGUGAGCAUGCCCAAGAAUGAUACCACCGAACAGCCAUCCAGACCCAAAUUAGGGAAAAGAAAUUCUAAUGGAACCCAAAAUGUUCGAAAUAGAGAAGAAGCUUCAUUAAAGAAGCAGAAGAAGGUCCAGUUCAGUCACCUUGCUCAGUUUAUGGGUAUGGGGGAAGUAGAGUUAAGCAAGUGGUUACUAUCUGCUUCAUUGUCAGAGAGGGAAAGAGUGCUUUGGAACUACAGGAAAUACAAAGAGAAGUUGAACAAUGGCUGAAGGAAAUAACUCAUUUUCACUUUGUAUAGAGUCACGUCAGCUUACUGUAAAUAUACAUGGUGUGGAUAAUAGAUACUUGUGGUCCCGGCCAAUGUUCAAAGUUGUAUUACAAAAGAUUACUUCGGCAAUUUUUCCAUUGUUAAAUCUUAUUACAAAGGCUCGAGUCAUGGUUAAAAUGUCCA